CCCCUGAAACACUGCAAUGUACUAUCAGCUCUCAGCUAUAGGCAACGUUUCGUGCAUCUCACGUGCUUCGUUCAGUUUUAGCAUGUAAAUAACACACCGUGGAGGCAUUGCAAAACAAUGCAAACCAUUGGUAUGAGACACAUUUUAUCACCCCUGUAUCUUACAUCACACUUGUGAGGGGGGUUUUCUAAGUAUUUCGAACUAACAACGAGUUACCUAGCAAUCGUUAAAAGCUGCAUCUCUACCGGCAAGUGUUGUUUUAUCAUGAUAAGAAGCAGACGAAGAAGAGUAGCUAGAAGGAAAUAUUACAUUUCUUUACACACAGGCACGAGAUAGCAACGAGAAACUUGAUGUGGCGAGUGUUCUUAAGGUUAGCAAUCUUUGCCCUCUUUGCGGAGUUGUUAGUGUCUGAUGGCCAAUGGUGGACGAGGUGGAAUGAUCAAACAAACGUAAAGUACUUCCCAAUCACUCGAAGAGGUACUACUUGUUACGUUGAAUGGAAUGGUAAGGGGCUUAAAAUAGUUCCUGCGUAUAGUAAACAAACGUUGACACGUUUCACAGUUGAUAAAACCCCCUACCGUACAGGAACUGCGCCGUUCGGCGCCGAGCUGCGCAAAGGUACACAUCAGCCCCGUGUGGACUUGAGUCACCAGCCAUCCAAGUGAUAAGCGAGUUAACAUCACCAGCAAGGGAACUAUGAAUCCUUGGACGCAUGCACUCACCUCUUCGGGGCAUUAUUAGUAACGUACCUGGCUUUUUGCGCCUUUUCUUUGUUUACCCUGUCGAUAUCUCACCAGGAAGUGGCCAACUAUUUUGGGCUGUUUACAUGUCCCCGAAAUUAAACCCAAUCAUGCGUGCGAUUAGCUCGGCACGAAGAAAAAACACACAGGAACAGGAAUAAACUGGCUGCUUUAUCAGAGUUUCGUUCGGGGACAACUAUGUUGUUUCUUAAA